AUUACUUAAUGAACCUCACAAAGAGAUCUUGCAAGAUAAACGUUGGAAGAAUUGGACCUGAAACACUUUGCAAUAAUGCUGAUUUUAUGGUUGGUAAUUGGUUUUGCGUUAGGAAACGUAUGUGAAGCUGCAAGUGACGAGGAAAGGGUCAAAGUACUAGAGUCUGUCAUAAAACUUCAACGUGUGGAAGGAGAUGGUCUGAAGGCACGUAUACGGGAUCUUGAGAGAAAAAUUGCAGAUCUCAAGUUGGCAAGGGCCAAUAGAAUUCGGAACAACUUCGCAACGAAACAGGUGCGAGAUGCCGACCACCUGAUGACUGAGCAAUCGUCUACAACUAAUAGAAACAUCAAAAAACGUCAAUACCCACAAGCAGCUUUCCAUGUUUACACGAACAACACACGUUGCUAUCAUAUAGACAGUGCUUUGGCGUUUGAUUUCAAGCCAGUCGACGUCGGCGGCGGAUUCUCUCAUGACAAUAACAUCUACGACGUGCCUUACGCUGGCACAUAUGUCUUCACGUGGACAGUGACAGCUUGGCCGGUCUCUGGAAAAAUCGUUACCGAGCUAUAUCACAAUAACGGUCCAGUUGGUGUGUUGACAUCCGAUCCUGAUGUAGGUCCGGUUACUGGUAAUGGCGUUCACCCGUCCACUGGAGUAGUUAUAAUCAAAGUAGCUGCAAGUGAUCACGUGUCUGUUCGUAUGAAACACGCGCCACCAAGCACGUGUGGUGGUGACGUUUUAAGUGACGACAACAUGGUACGCUCAACAUUUUCCGGCUGGAUGCUAUCUGAAACAAACUAAUAACAUGUAUUUUGCGAGAUAAUAAACAUAUAACCGCGAUCCA